AUGUCCACCUCCGCAAGGCAUCCAUCUGAUGGACCUGACAUAGUUGGACCAUCUGAUGGAACCUGUGGGUCAACUCGUGGGGAUGUCAUGUCCACCUCCGCAGACCAUCCAUCUGAUGGACCUGUGGUAGACAUGUUGGACCAUCCGAUGGAACUUGUAGGGCCACCUGUGGUUGCCAUCAAUACAGGCCGAUAUUCUACCUCUAUGCUAGGACACGUCACGUUCAAGGGCCUGGAGUUACGUCACGUUAGGGACUUAAGAAAAAUCCUCACAGUGGAGAAGAGACCUCUGAGAGAGCAACUUCGGAGAAGGAAGAAUACUUUUUUCUGGAAAGGCCACGAACAAGUGCUGUCUGUGAAGUGA